AUAACUGGUGAUUUUAUGGCGUAUAGCGUGAAUACUGUUGCAUCUGACCGUGGACGGAAUAUGAAUUUGGCUCGUACGAUGGCUUGCGGGGCAUCGUUGGGUGCCAUCAGUUACAGGCAAAAUUUCACCAUUGAUCAAACGUUCGCACUUCCGAAUCGUGCCUCACUUCCUCUGCAGGAAUCACAAGAGGAGGAAGUGCAGCGUUUGAGUGCUCUGCUCGAUGCUACUUAUGUUGAGGCAAGAUCUAUUGUGACACCGCUCGUAAUGAAGAAAGAGAACAUCUCAUUGACUGACUUGAAACGUUUGACGCAUGCCAUUUCUGAACAAAUCAGAAUCGAUCAGGUAUAUUCUACUAUUCUUCAAAGUGUUCCAGCAUAA